CACGCGGGAUUUCACAAAUAAUUGCAUUUGCCUGUACGAUAAAGCUGUCUCCUUCCGCAUUCUCCUUCCCUGAAUCUUCCCUCCCUUGCAGUUUCGCUUCUUUAUAUGUAUGCUCACUCUUACAUCCGGCCUACGCUAAAUUCUUUGCAUUCUGCCACAGAUUUGCAUACUUACCAGUCAAAACAUCUUGUCAUUCUUUAUCGCCCUGUAAGAAUGAAGAAAAUAGUGCUGAAAUUGGCUCUGGAGGAUGAAAGCAGAAAGAGAAAGGCCCUCAAGAUGGUUGCAGGUGUCCAAGGGGUGGAUUCUGUGGCGGUGGACAUGAAGGAUAAGAAGAUGACUGUAAUAGGGGAUGUGGACCCUGUGUAUUUAACCUCUAAACUCAGGAAAUUUAGCUCCGCAGAGUUGGUGAGCGUGGGGCCUGCGAAGGAGGAGAAAAAGGAGGGCGAGAAGAAGGAGGAGAAGAAGCCUGAGAGCGAUGCAAAGAAGAACAAAGCAGAAGCUCCAAAAUAUGAAGUUGUGUAUGUUCCCCCCAGCUAUGACUCCAGAGCUGUCAGUGAGGAAAACCCCAACGCUUGCGUUAUAUGUUGAGCAAGUCUGCUGUGUGCUUUUGAAAAAGACUGCUAUGUGCAAUUUCAAGCAAUUUUAUUUGAGUGCCAGUCCCAUCUUGAGAGCAGGCUGGGACAUGGACUAGGGUUUCAAGUUUAGUGGAAACCCAAAUUUGUACAGUAAUACCAAUAAGACUAUUAUCUUUUCUUUUUGGCACGGCUAUGUUAAAUUUGUCGAAAGGGAAGCGAAUAAAUUGAUCUUUCAGAUUUAUGUUAAAUGCAGAAGUCCUGGCCAGGGAUUGUGACAUAAAUCAUCUAUUGCAGGAGAGGAUAAUGAGGUUACUUGUGUGCCGGUUCCGUUUCCAGAACAGGGCAGAGCAUGGAUUAGGGUUUCAGGUUCAGGGGAAAUCUGGAUUUGUAUGGUAAUACUAAAGAGAGCAUUUUAUUUUCCUUUUGUAUAGGCUCAUAUUAAAUUUAUCGAAAUAGAGGAGAAAAUAUUGCUGGUUCA